AUGUUGGAAGGAAGAACUCCGUUUCUACGUUAUCCAUUGUGGCGUUUCACUGCAUUAAUAUCGGUGGUUUCGACUGCGCUUUCGGGAUUUAUUUUCCUGAAGUUACGCCAACAUGAAAACAUGCGGCGAAAAAAGUGGGAAGAGUUUUUCAAGACUUACGAUGCUUAUGAACAUAUGAAGGAAAUUUGCUCACAUUCACCAGGAAUAAUGCAUAGCUGCCCCAAGGAUCUUGCUUUGGCAUAUGAAAAAGCUGGAUUGAAAAAAUAA